GGCAUUGUACCAUGCCACCUCUAUGCUGUCACGAGGUUUGUUAGUUUGUCCCCUCUUUCUGGGCGUGACAUCGGAAAAAUACCAAAUUGGACCUACCAGAUCCUCCCAUACAUUGAAUGUGUACAAAACCCUCCUCUGGCGUGUGCUUGUCCUAUGUAACCACCCGCACAUACAUGCAAAUAAAAAUCUCUCCGGUUUUUCUUCACCCCUUCAUGGCUGUAUUGUUGUCAUUCGUAAGCUUCGACCCUAGAUUGUUGGCUUAAUUUCAGGGAAGUCUCGUAUGCUUAUUUGGGCACUUAGCCAAUCUUUUAGAUAGCUUUGGAAGGACAUGGAGAUGCUUUAGGAGGUUUUGAAACGUGUUUGGUUAUUUCUGUGGUGUUGAGUCCUAGAACUACAGACAAAUGGCUUCCAUGGAGCAAAAACUGCUGUUGGACUGGCGUUAUAAGGAGAUUAGGUUAUUGGGUCUGAUCUAAAUUCAGGAAAGUACCUUUUACAGAGUGAGAUUUAUUGUUGGAUUAGGGUUUUUGAGGGAAAUGGAUUGAUGGGUUUGAUAUAAAUUGUUCUUUCUAACAAACAAUGGAAGGCAAUUUAUCAUCUGGAAAUAUGAUUAUUGGUGGUGGUUCUUAUGGGGGUAUUGAUUUGCAAGGCUCAAUACGAAACAAUCCACAGCGACACCCACUUACCGUCCAUCAACAACAUCAUUCUCUUCCUAGACAAGGGUCGAUGGUUCAUCCUUCGAUUCAUGAGGGUUUCGCCCUCAGAAUAGGAAGCAUGCAUGACAGUGAUCACAACAUUUCUUUGGCAGAUUACCCCAAGGGAGAAAGGGGGAAAACUUCUGCAAGUGAUGAGGAUGAACCGAGCUUUACGGAAGAUAUGAUUGAUAGUCAGAAUGAUGCGAAUAGAGGGAAGAAGGGGUCACCAUGGCAGCGUGUGAAGUGGACUGAUACAAUGGUGAAACUUCUGAUCACUGCUGUCUCUUACAUAGCUGAGGAUGCUGCUGCUGAGUACGAGAAUAGGCCACGAAGGAAAUAUGCUAAUUUACAUAAAAAGGGUAAAUGGAAAUCAGUCUCGAAGGUCAUGGCUGAAAGGGGUCAUUAUGUUUCGCCUCAGCAAUGUGAGGAUAAAUUCAAUGACCUCAACAAAAGGUACAAAAGACUUAAUGAAAUCCUUGGGAGAGGCACUUCAUGUGAGGUUGUUGAGAGACCAGAACUUUUGGACAUGUUGGGUCACGUAUCAGAGAAAGGUAAGGAGGAGGUCAGGAAAAUUCUCAGCUCAAAGCAAUUGUUCUAUGAAGAGAUGUGUUCUUACCAUAAUGGGAAUCGGUUACAUUUGCCCCCUGAUCCUGAAUUGCAGCGUUCCAUGCGGUUGGCUCUUAGAAGUAGAGACGAUAGUGAAGACACUGAUGUGGGGAGGCAUCCACAAGAUGAUUUCGACGAGGAUGAUCAAGAUGCAGAAACUGAUGAUCGUGAUGAAUUUGAGCAGAAUCAUGCUUUAUGUGGGGAUCUCAGGGGAACAUAUGGGUUGCCUGGGAGCUCAGGAAAAAAAUUGAAACUAUGGAAGGGUCAUGAAGAAUUUAGCUUUAUGAAUUCCUUGAAUUCUCUGGACUAUAACAAAAAUUUCAAUUCUUACCCACAAACUGCUCAUGCUGACAUUAUUCAAGUAUUACCUGAAGCCGUGAAAGCAAACCUCUUACAAAAGCAAAGGAUGGAAUGUCACUCAGUCCAGUUAGAAGAACAGAAGCUACAAGUUCAGGCACAGAUGUUGGAAUUGGAGAAAGAGCGGUUUAAGUGGCAGAGAAUUUGCAGGAAAAGAGACCGGGAGUUGGAAAUGAUGAGGAUGGAAAAUGAGAGAAUGAAACUUGAGAAUGAGCGUAUGGCAUUGGAGUUGAAGCAAAAGGAGAUAGGUGCUGACCGUAACUAAAUGGCUAGUCUUAUCAAAAUUAGUUUUACUAGCGAGGAGUUGGCGUGUAACAAGUUUCUUUUGUGUUGGUAAGCUGCCAUUGAUCUUCUCUUUUGUAUGACAGUUUGGUUGAGAAACCUUGAUGGAAGUCAUGUUCCACAUACGCUGUAUCAACAGGACAAACUUCAGUUUUCUCUGGUUUUCCUAUAAUGAAAUGGUUUUGCAAUUUUAAGUCUAGAAUUUUGUGGCCUGAAACUGUCUGCUUUUCUUUUGCACCCUUAUUUAUUGGGGUUCCAAAGUUGUAACUUUUGAACAUCUAUUUUUGACUUGUCAUCCUCAAGGAAACGAUCUGUACGCCCAUUCGGGUUCUUGUUUUCACUUUUCACUCCAUUAUGGUUAAGAGGCUGCAUGUUCUGUUAA